AUGGAUAUAUCUCUCGAGUGCACGCCCAAACACACACCCAUUGACGCAGACGUUCCUCUGGUUCACCGUGGUUGGAUAGAUGAGCUAAAAGCAGCAAUCGAGUGCAAUAAUUCGGAUGUCGUGCAAAGGAUUCUCAACAGCCAUGCACUCCUUGAAGCUGUGUUCAUUCACCAGUUCGGACAGGAAGAUACUGUUCAGAAAGACUAG